AUGCGAGAAUACAAGAUAGUGGUGCUGGGAAGUGGAGGUGUCGGCAAAUCCGCUUUGACAGUCCAGUUUGUUCAAGGGAUUUUCGUCGAGAAAUACGAUCCCACAAUUGAGGACAGCUAUAGGAAGCAAGUGGAAGUUGAUGGUCAGCAAUGUAUGCUGGAAAUCCUGGACACCGCUGGGACGGAACAAUUCACAGCAAUGCGCGAUCUCUACAUGAAGAAUGGGCAAGGAUUCGUGUUGGUAUAUUCGAUUACGGCUCAGUCGGACUUUUUCAAACGGAUUCUUUCAUUUUGA